AUGUCGAAGCCUUAUCUUACUAACUCAUUAGUACAAGAUGUAGUGGAAAGUGUUAUGGAGCUGUUUUCAAGUGGUAUAAUAGAACAACUUAAAUGUAAAGUUGUUCCUAUAUUACAAUGCAAUUGUUCCACAAAACUAGAAGUAGAAAAAAUGUUUGAUUCAUUACAAGAUCCAUUUUUUGAACUACAAACUCAUUAUCAACGAAUUAAAUAUUUAAUUUCUAAUAAUUUGUUUUUCAAACUUGAAACUUUGGUGGUAGGUCAUAUUAAAGAAAAGCGGUAUAUUAAUGGCAAAGAUAAGCUUUUAACAGUACCUAUACAUGGGCAUUUUCUUUCUAUGAAAAAAAACCUUAAAGCUUUUUUUGAGCUUCCUAAUGUUCUUAAAGUCGCAACUGACUUUAUGCAUGAUUCGUCAUUACAAAAUAAUACUCUUAUUUCUUUUUUGGAUGGCUCGACAUGGAAAGAUAUGAAAUUAAAAUUUUCUGGAAAAAUUGUUUUACCUCUUUUCCUAUAUUAUGAUGAUGCUGAAAUGGGAAACCCAUUGGGUUCCCAUUCUGGCAUACAUAAAAUAGGGUGUAUAUAUUAUACUGUUGCAGCCAUACCACCUGAAUAUUUGUCAUCUUUAAAUAAUAUAUUUACAGCAUUUUUAUUUCAUUCUUCAGAUCGUGGGAUAACCAAAGUACCCAAUAAUAUCAUGUUUUAUCGUCUUAUCAAUGAACUAAUUGAUCUUCAAACAAAUGGAAUUUCUGUAUGUGUUGACAAUACUUAUACUACUAUAUACUUUGCACUAGGGUUAGUCUUAGGAGAUAAUUUGGUAUUAAACUCUAUCUUGGGUUUUGUUGAAAGCUUUUCUGCAAAUCAUUACUGUAGGAUUUGUCGUUAUCCAAAACCAGAACUACAGAAAAUGUUAAGAGAAUCUUUUGAAUCAUUAAGAAAUGAAAAUAAUUAUGUAACAGAUACUGGAUUAAAUGAACGUUGUAUCUUUCACGAAGUUCCAAAUUUUCAUGUUGCUCGAAACAUGGUUUGCGAUUUCAUGCAUGAUAUUCCCGAAGGAGUAGCUCGUUAUGAUAUGGCGAUCAUUGUACAAAAUUUUAUAACUAAGAAAUAUUUUACUCUUGAUCAAUUAAACUCUCGUAUAAUUCUUUAUCAGUAUGGUAUAACAGAAAAUAAAAAUUGUCCUCCAAAACUUAAUCAAUCCCAUUUGAAUAAUGGCUCCAUAAUAAUGUCUGCAUCGGAGAUGCUCUGUUUAGUGAGAAAUUUUGGUCUCAUUGUUGGUGAACAAAAGCUCAAAAAAUUGGAAACUAUAUAUUUUAUUGAGAAAAAUUGUUGA